AUGUCUGAGGAGGUUAAUUCUUCCGUUCCGCUGGAAGACGAGCUGCCGCUGCUCAUCCUGCGCAAGUCCGGGCACACGAUCGCGGUGACACGAGACGAGCCUUGUGUAGGGUCUAUUUUGCCCUUUUCUUUGAGCGUCUGCGACGUGGUUCGGGUGGCAGACAGGGAUGCGCUGCGAAGGGCCCACGACGACGGCCACGUCGCUGCGGUGGCGAGGGAGUGGCCCCUCCAGGCGCGCGUGAAGGUUUCCCUGGGCCCCGUCGGGGAGAACGUGCACUGGUUGGUGGUGCUGCGGUGCGGCAGCGAGGGGCCGGCGGUGCCGGUGCCGGUAGCCAAGAGCUUUGGCGGCAGUGAGGAGGAUCUGCGUGAGGUGGCGGCGUGGCUGAGGCUUCUCAAACUGAAGGGAUCGUGCGAGUUGUGCCUGGCGAGUGAGCCGGCCGUCUCGGAGGUGCGCGUCACGGGCGAGGUUGGACACCUGCGCCUUCCCCAGACGGAUGAGGGGGUAAACGAGCAGGUGUUUUUGGGCGACUCUCUGGAAGAAAUUGCGCUUCGCCUGGAGGAGUUCCUGCGUUCGUUUUUUCUCGCCGCGGUGAGGGCGCCGACGGCCGUGUUUUGCCCCUCGCCACUGCCACACCCGCUGAACAUUCACUACGGGGUGCGGGAGAUGCGAGUGGCGGAGCACCGUGCGGCCUUGCUUCCCAUGCGUCCGUUGCUGCUCCUCGGGCAGCGGCUCAAGGAGUGGCCGGGGACGCUGCAGGCGCCCUCCGCCCCUGCGGCGGGUGUGCCCCGCACGGGACAAGACUGGGAGAGGCAUCUUCUCCGCAACAUUCAUCUUCAGCUUCCGACAACCUCGGCGAUUCCUGGAGGGAGGACGUAUCUCGUGAGCGGGGCGUACGACUACUACCACUACCGCGUGGACGGCUUCAGGGAUGAUGGGUGGGGCUGCGCGUACAGGAGCGUGCAAACAAUACUCUCUUGGUUUCAGUACGAGGGCUUCAUGACGGAGCCGAUGCCAGACAUUCGCGCCAUUCAGGGUAUUUUGCAUGCAAAGGACCCGGAGAAAAUGAAUCGCAAGUCAUUUGUGGGCUCAAAGGACUGGAUUGGCUCUUUUGAGGUGAUGAUCGUGAUCCAGCACUUCGUGCCGGGCAUGGAGUGCACCAUACGCCGCAUGGAAAGUGGUGCAGACUUGGACACGGACCCGUCCGUGCAGCAACUUCUAGUAAGCCACUUCCGAAACAAGAAGGCCUGCCCUGUGAUGAUCGGAGGAAGCAGCUACGCACACACCAUUUUAGGCGUCGACGCAAACCUGGCCACAAUGGAGGCGCGCUACCUUAUCGCCGACCCGCACUACUCUGCCGGGGAAACCGGCCUGAAGACGGCCUUGAGGAAGGGCUACGUGGGCUGGAAGAGGGCGGGAAGCUUUUUCGAGGCCAAAAGCUGGUACAAUCUUUGCAUCCCACAACUGGCAUCUUACGACCCACGCUGA